GCGAUAUACUUUCAAGCGUUUUUCAGAGGAAAAAUAAUGGAGUAAGUAGAAAUGUCUUCAUUUCCAUCACAAGAAAACAGACCUUUAAAGAAGCCCAGGCUCGGGCCUCCUGACGUUUAUCCUCAGGAUACAAAACAAAAAGAGGAUGAGCUAACAGCCACAAGUGUAAAGCAUGGGUUCAACAACAGCCCUCCUAUUGGUUGGGAUGAGUAUGGGUCGGCAAGAAGAGAAAACAUCAGUCAGGAAAAGUUUGGCAAAGAUUUCAUAUCAGUGCUCAACAAAAAGACUGAGAUUAACACCUUUCAAGACACGACAAAAAAGAAACAGAUGCCAACAAAGGAUAUAUUUUGGCCAGCUGCCAAAAAUCAGAGUGCCAUGAGAGCCUGGUUUAAAGAUCUGGCAGGAAACAAACCACUGUCCCUGUUAGGAAGAAAGGUGCCCACAUUUAACAAGAAGGAGGAGGUGUUUUCCACCCUGUGUGAGUUUUCGGUGCCGAUGACGAAGGCUGCCUGGUUCAUUAAGAUGACGGCAGCUUAUAACGUGGCCGUCCAGGAGAAGAUGAAGCAACGUAGGCAGAUGGUGGACCAAUCCAUGGAAUGGUGCCAAGCCAUCACUAAAUAUCUGCGGGACCAGAUUCAGAAGAUACAGGAACCACACAGUGGCCCCGGCUCCACCGCUGGCUUCCUUACUGUGUCCCAACCAGACCCCAACCAGGCGCUUCGACAGUGGCACUACACCUGUAAACUGGACAGACAUAUGUAUGAUGAGGGGCUUUUGGACAGAUUUGAGUUCUUGAACUGGUUAAUUGAUCUCAUGGAGAAAAUGAAACAAAAUGAGGAUACAGUCUUCAAGCUUCUGAUGGCACAGAUUUUGCUGUAUAUGGAGGAGAUAGCACUCUCUGUAAUCUUGUCCAGAAGACUGUCACAUUUCUCAGCUAAAAAGAUUGCCCAGCUGUGUAAUGAAGCGGACUGCAUGCCCCCUCGAACCGAUUCUCCCAUGUUGACCAAUGGAACCACAGGUAUAAGCAGUAAUCAGAUACUUCCCCAGAACCCCCUGUCUGCGGUGUUUGCCCUGUAUAACAACUGUCCGCAGCACCGCGGGAUCGUCCUCAGUCUGUGUGCCACGGUCCAGAUCGUGACCCUCCUCUGCCCCACCGCCCUCGUCUGGAACAGCCUGGGGGACGGCAAGAGCUCCUCAUUCCUCUGUGGAUCACCACUCGACCUGCUGCCCUGUGCCCCCUCUAGUCUACCUAUGCCCCAGGGGCCGCAGAACAUGCAGAUCAGAGCCCAGAUUCGGAUGUUAGAGAACCAGAUUAGACAGAGAGGGAGAGCCGCCGAACUCAGAUGGUCCUCAGACAAAUGUCAGCAGUCUACCAAAGGGAACACUAUAACGAGAGUGUUAGAAGUUCUAGAUACCCUGGACAGACAUAAUUUUGACAAGGAGGAUACGGUGAAUUCUCUGGACACGCUUUAUCACAAGAUCUUCACAGCUAAUCAGGUCAAGGACAGUUCAGAGGAGGAUGAAUUAUUACCAAAACCUUUCAUCAGUGAUGAACCAAUCAUACACCUGCUUAUUGACUGGGCAGUGAGCAUCAGAAGGAGUGGUAUCUACAGGGCUGUAGUGGUGGCUAAACUGCUGGAGAAGAGACAACUAGAAGUCAGGAGUGAGAACCUUAACUCUAUGGAGAGUAAGACUUUGUUUUUCCAGGACUAUGACUCCAUGGAAUGCGAUGGGGGUUUAGGGGACGAUGUUUUGGUGUCGUUUGAGACCCCUCUCUUUCAGGGGGUUCUCAUGAGUUAUCUCGAUGAUAAGGCGCCGGUCAUAGAUGACAACCCCAAUGAGAAUGAUCGUCAGGGCUUCGCCAAUCUUAUUCAGCUGUUCAGUGAACUGAUCCGACAUGAUGUCUUCUCUCAUGAUGCCUACAUGUGUUUCCUGAUCUCGCGUGGUGACCUCAUGUCAUCGCCGUCGGUGAUGACCGUGACCACAGACUGUAUCGACCUCUCCAGUAUAAAGAGUCAGAACGAGAGUGUCAAACACGAGCCUCAGGAUGACUUUAAAGUAGACAUAAUGGACAUGCACACAGCUGUAGAGUUGAGUGAUUUUGGAAGCUUGUUUGGGACAGGAAAAGAUGAGCAGAGAACUAGUCCAGAGGAACCAGCAUCUGUUAAGUCAGUGAUGUCAGAAAAAGAGCCUCAUCAUACCAAUCCAGCCCUGCCAAGCUCCGAUCAGCAGCAGAAAGGUCCGUCACGUCACAUGUUGUACGCCCAGCACUUCCCAAUCCCGUAUGAGGACUCGAUUCAUGAGUGUAACCAGCGAAUGAUCGUUCUCUAUGGUGUGGGUAAAGCCAGGGAUGAUGCGAAACAUGUCGUAAAGAAAAUCAGCAAGGAGGUGCUAAAGAUGUUCAGCAAGAAGAACUGUGUGGACAUUAUUAGUGGAGAACUCGGUCGCGUGAAGAAACGGAAAGAGAAGGAUGCCAACGACUCCUUGUCUAAUGUCAGCAUGAACUUUGAGAACGUGUUUGAGGGAAUUUUUAACAAAUUUCAGAAGUUGUCCUAUCACGAUCAGCACUUUGUCACAGCCCAGUGUAGGAAUGUUGUCUUAGAGGAGAUCAGUAAUUUUACAGCAGGCAGUUCUCUCUACCUCCCCCUAGUAGAAAAUGUCUCAUAUCUGUUUGACUUGAUGGAAUACUCACUCAACAUCUAUGGACUGCUUGAUUUCUCUGUACAGCUGUUGAAGGAGUUGAGUAUUGUAGAGGAGACUUUAUUGGAGCAGAAAUCUAGUCUAGUCGGGAACUACACCACGUCUCUAUGUCUCUGUAUUGUGGGUGUCUUCAGGAAAUACCACGCCUACCUACUGGUGUCCCCAGAUCUCACCAUCACAGCCUUCGAGGGACUGAUCAGUGUGGUGAGGAAGAUCUACAAUCCUUCAGACUGCUCCUCCUCAGAGAGAUGUAUCCUGGCCUAUCUAUAUGACGCCUACACGUCAUGUAAUUAUCUGAAGGACAAGUUUUGUGACAUGUUCAGCAAUCCCUACAGAAAGAUGAAGAUGACACUGUAUGCCACUAUCACCCCGUCAGCCUCCAACAAACUCUGGAACCCCAGCUUUAUGGUCAACUUCAUGAAUCAGCCCUACAUCAAAAUUCCAUUGGAUGACACAGUUGUCAAUGACCUGAGAGAGAACCCUGCUCACCGUUACAGCUUUGUGUGUAAUGCCAUGCUGCACAUCUGUAACACACAGGAAACAGACAGGCUGAAUGAGCUGUCUAUUCUGUGUGCUGAGUUGACAGCGAGGUGUAAUGCCUUGAGUUCUGAGUGGCUGGGAGUUCUACAGGCUCUCUGUUUCUCCUGUGCUACUAGCUGUGGAUUUAUAGAUAUCCUCACUCAAAUUGAUGUGAGUGACAUGUCCAUUCACGAUUCUCUUGCCGUUUUCACUGCCAUUUUGAUUGCCCGUCAUUGCUUUUCAUUACAAGAUCUAGUGGUUCAUGUUGUUUUGCCUUCAUUGUUGUCUGCCAGACCAACAGCGUCGGGAGACCAGGAUGCAGAGAAUGGAGCCAGACUAACCUGUCACAUCCUGCUGCGGCUUUUUAAGACUUCUGACAUGACCUUGACCUCGCCUGGACUAAGACCGGGCAGUAAGACCCCCUGUAACAUCAAGAGGUCAUGUGACAAGCACCUGCUGGCCGCGGCUCAUGACAGUAUUACCGUGGGUCCAGUGUUGGCUGUCCUCAAGGCCAUGCUGGUCCUCAGUGACCUGUGUAGUGAUGAAAUGAGGACGAAGUCCGGGUCCAGCAGUAAGAAGGAGGACAAAGAGGACAUAUUCCACUCCCUCCUCAGCAGUAUCGAGGAUGAGGAGGACAUGGACAUGAUAAUGGGGCCGUCCAAGAGGAAGCAUGGUAUGGAGAGUGCGGGUCUCAGUGAUUUCGCCAGACACGCCCUGAGGGAGAUGUGUAAACAGGACUGGGUACAGGAGAAGUUCCUGAAGGACCCCGAGGGGGUACAGAGCUCCGACCUACUCCUGGACAACAUGCUGUCCAACAAACAGGCUCAGCAAUUGCUGCAGAUGAUCUGUUAUCCUAACGGUGUACCCAAUCAGGUGGACGGCAGUGAACCGGACGUCAAGCAGAUCAUACAGCGGGUUCUACAGACGCUGGACAUGUGGGGGCUGAGGGUGUCUCUUCUGGAGCUACAGCUGCUCUUCAAACAGGCUACCACGCAGUCGGAUACCAAUGUUUUGCUAGACAACAUUGCCAAGGGAACAAUUGAACUUUUCCAUAGACAGACAGAAACAAGCAGACAUGCUGAGAUGGACUCCAACCAACAGAAGCCUGACCCAGAUGCUAUCUGGUUGGUGGGUCCCCUGAUCUCUAAGCUCCCGAGUCAAGUCCAGGGUCGAGUAUUGAAGCUCUCUGGGAACGUCCUAGAGAGUGGGAACAAUUUCCACUCCAAAGGUCGGGACAAAGAGAGGAGUCAGAGGAGUAAGUCCCUCCUCAGUCACCAGCCCUUCCUUUGUCUGAUUCUGACCUGUCUGAAGGGACAGGACGAGCAGAGAGAAGUCUUGUUAAACUCACUUCUGUCUCAGCUGGAAAGGUUCAUCAAUAACUGCAAGGAGGCUCUGGAUAAAACACCUGAUGAAUUCAAAGUCCGAGCGAAUAUUCAUGAAGCUUUGCUGCUUAAGUUGUCUCUUGUUGGUGGGAUGUUUGACACGAUACAAAGAAACAUGUCUAACACAACAGACUGGGCCCAGCUACUGCUUCAACUGGUCACUAGUGGAAUCGUGGAGAACCAGUCUAACAGUGAGCUGUUUACAGUUAUCCUGGACAUGUUAUCUGUCCUGAUACACGGAACGCUGGUAACAGAGGGGUCAGACAGAGGUGAAGAUAUCAACAAGAUGUAUACAAACCUCAUCAAAAAACUCAGGAAAGAACUCGGGGACAAGCAGUCAGACUCUAUAGAUAAAAUCCGCCAGUUGCUUCCCAUUCCUAAGAGGUUCUUUGAGGUGAUCAGCUGUGAGGCACAUGGAACUCAGAUGGACAGUAAAGGGAACAAAUAUGACGGCUUUGGCAAAAAAGAGGGAUUCCAAGUGGCCAAGAAGGAGAAGAUUAGUCCCUGGGAGGUGAUUGAGGGGUACAAGAACCCCCCUCCCUUGUCUUGGCAUUUCUUUGGGGCUGUUAAACAGGAAAAGAAACCUCUGAAAUACGAGGAUCAGCACAGGUUGUUGCUGUAUCACACUCACUCCCUCCGACAGCCCCUGGCUCAUUUCCUGGAUCCCCCCUCCCUACCCCCGGAGGACCUGGAACCAGUUCCUGAAAAAACUGAGGACAAACCCAAAGAAGUGAGUGAGAAUCACCACCAGGAUAUAAACAAGAAAAAGAAGCCGAAAAAGAAAACAAACAGGACCAAUAGUGGCGGGGGGCAGGGCGGAUACAACAUACAGCCUCCUGUUCGCCAGUAUCAGCCCUCAAACUGGUACCCCUCCCAGCCCCAGCAACACCCCCAGUUCUACAGCAACCAGCCCAUGCCAGCAGGCCCUCGAUUUGAGGCCCCUCCCUAUGGGAUGCAGAGUAUGACCCCCUCUAAGAUGGCCCUUCAGCAGAUGAUCAGGACACGGCACCCUGGCAACAUGCACCAGUGGACCAACUCCAACCAGCAGUCCAUGCAGGCCCUACAACUGUUACAGAAGCAGCAUAGCCAUAGAAUGGUCCGUCAACAAAUCAGGCAGUCCUUCCAGAACCAUAACCGCGGGAUCUCAUCAGACGGGGGACAGGGCAUGUUUUCUGGUGGCAUGCAUUCAAUGAAUCAGUCACAAGUUGGGAUUUCUCAGAAUUAUGGCCCUUCAUACAACAUUCCCCAACAGUCCACCUCUAUGGACCCUGGCAUGAUAACCCAGGGGAGUUAUAACCAGUCCUACAACGGAGCCCAGGGGUCAGGCAUGAUGCCACAGGGGGGAUUCAUUCCUCAACAACAGCAGCCAACACAGCAACACUUCAGUCAGCCAUCCAAUCGAAUGAUGGUCCCAAGUCAGAUGCAAGGUGGCCAAACUACAAUGGGGUCUGGAAACUCUAACUACACCCAGAUGGGCCCCUCAGGUAUUCCCCAGAGUAACUACAUGCAGAACAUACCCUCCAACCCCCAGCAACUCCAGCAAAUCCGGCAACAGCAGCAGCAGCAGCAACAGAGACUGAUGGCCAUGAAAAGACAAUCCAUGAGCAACCCUGGUCAGCAACCAGGGGCACAACAGCAACAAAAUGCUGCUCUGAUGGCUCAGAUUCAGCAACAAAUGGCCCCCAAUCAGUACGGGAGCUACCCCAAUCAGCAGCGGUUUUGAUAUGGGACGUCUCUCAUCAGGAUCUGUGGUUAUCUGUGGAAAGCAUGUUAUACAGUGAAAGUUUGACUUUGGAGUCAGUGAAUCCAGCUGUUCUGCACUGGUGUUACUAAUCGUAUGAUUAUUAACGACUUGUACAACACAGUUCUUGUUAAACAUGUUAGUGGAUGUAUGUAUGUAUGUAUUGUUAAUGUUACAUGUGCAGAAUUUUUCAUGGCUUUACAGAACAAAGACUAGUGUACAGAAGAUGAAUGCAAUUUAAAGUGGAUAUACAUAUACGUUAUAUGAUAUUGCUAUACAUGUAUUUAUAUUAAUGAUGUUGUAAACUCUCAGAAUCUCUAUUGAACACUUUAAUGUUGUAGUAAAAAUUGUAGAUUUUUUUUCAUGAAAGUUGUUUUUAGAAAUUAUUUUACAAUUAAUUUUUA